UAUCUCGUUGCUAGCAAAUUGCUCCCACAUCGUCGCAAGCGUGUUUUUCCUUAUCCGCAUUUUGACUGCAAAAGCCUUCAAACCCAACGCAAUGGCUCGAAGCAUUUCUUCUCUUUUCCUCGUGUUAUCGCUCGUCGUUACGUCCUCCUCGCUCUACACUAACGCGGCUGUGAUUAAACCGGGGCAGCAGACGGCGAUGCUGUCCCUCAAGAGCGCCUACGGCUACUUCCAGGGGCAGUCCACGUGGCAGGCGGGCAAGGACUGCUCCAAGUGGCAGCGCGUGCAGUGCAACAGCGCGGGUGACGUCACCCACAUCCACUUCGCGAACGCCAUGAUUCGCUUCACGGGCGUGGGCAUCGCGCCCGCCUUCUCCGUCCUCUCCAAGCUCGUCUUCCUCAGCCUCUACAACAACAGCCUCACCGCGGAGAUUAGUAGCGUCCUUACGACGCUCACCACGCUGAAGCGACUCGAUCUGAGCCUGAACCGCUUUUACGGGAGCGGCGCGAGCAGAAUCUGGAAGCUAUCUCAGCUCACGUACCUCGAUAUCUCCCACAAUCUGCUCGUCGGGCCGCUGGGGGCGGGCCUGGGCGCGCUGACGAGCCUCGCGUACCUGGACGUGUCGUCCAACUACUUCCGCGGCGCCAUUCCCGCGGCGUUCAGCAACCUCGCGAAGCUCCAGUACAGCAGCUUCGACGCGUGCUUCUUCACGGCGCUCCCGCCCGAAUUCCCCGCGCUGGACCCCGGCAACCUGACCUUCUCGGCGGAGAGAAACCUCCUCAUGAGCAUCCCCAUCACGUUCCCCGCGUCCGCCGCGGGCGUGUUCAGCAUCGACCUGUGGGGCAACCUCCUCACGACGCUGCCGACGGAAAUCGCGCUGAUGACCGAGCUGACGGUGCUGAACCUGGCGUCGAAUCAGAUCUCGACGCCGCUGGAGGAGAUCGCGUGGGGCGAGCUGGCGGCCAUCGAGGAGCUGUACCUGGGCCGCAACGCCAUCAACGGCACCAUUCCCACGGACCUCGCGGCGCUCACGACUCUCAAGCACCUGCACCUCCACACCAACCAGCUCUACGGCUCCCUGCCGGACGAGCUCACUCUCCUUACGGACCUAAUCUCCCUGGACAUUGGCCUGAACCCCUCCCUGGGCGACGGAGGGGAUUUCCCCCUGGGGUUCAACGAGCUUCAGUCCCUAAUGCGCCUGGUGAUCGUAGGGGACGAUUUCAGCGGCCCACUGCCGCAGCCAGCCCUGGGAGCGGAGACCGGGUUUUACCUGGACGCGAGGAAUAACUCGUUCACUGGCACACCCAAGGUGCAGGGGGUUUGCCCCAAUGCGCACCCGUAUAAGCUGAGGGUGGCAUGGAACUGUCUCGAUAACGAAGCAGACUGCUCCACCAACCAGCGCGUGUGCGCGAGAUAAGUAGGCAGGGAUCUGGGGGCUGGGGCUGUUUUUCGAGUGAGAACUUCGUGGGUGGGUCAUUGGGGUGACUGGAAAUAAGCUCAUGUGUCAGCUGUGAGCCCUGGUUAGGAAUACUUGCUAGUUGCCCAUCUAUGGAGCAUUGCAUUGUGGAAUAUAAACAUUCCUGGGAAGG